CUGACUUACAAACAACAGCCUGAAUUUUAUAUAGCCAAAAAGUUGUGAAUUACUUGUACACUACAUUAGACAGGCGACUGGUUUUCACAACAUAAUUAUUUGGAAUUAUUUAGAUGAUGAUGAUAAUAAUAAUGGGUUAAUAUUAAUGACCCGACAUGAAAAACGAAAGUAAAGGAAUUUCGAACCAGUUUUUAAGUUGGAGUGCACGUACUUAAGGUAGUUUAGCUUUAUGGAUAUUUUAUAAAUAUCCAAAUUAAGAAUUUGGUUAAAAGUUUUAUUAAAAAGCUUACUGUGCAAGUUGUCGUGAUCUCACCGGAUUAUUUCAGAAUUAUGAAAAGCUAGAAAAUAAAUAAAAAUGGACAGACCAAAAUUUUCCCUUAUUAGUUGUAAUUUCUUUUAUCCCAUUCCAAUUGCUUUGUGUUUAUUGGUUGCUAGACGUGUUUUCGAAAAAUAUUGCUUCGAACCUGUUGGAGUUUCUCUGGGAAUAAAUCCCCCCAAAGUGAUAUAUAAUAGAAGUAACUCUCCAUUAAUAAGUACAUUGAAAACUACAAAUUUAUUAUCCUCAGCUCAAGUUUCAAACAUAAACAAAUAUUUGUUUAUAUCCACAACUUUUUUCAAUAGUAAAUCGGAGACGAAUCAUAGAAUUUGUCGAUUUAGCAGAAGCUGUUGGCAUUUUAUGUACUAUCUAAUAGAAUUUAGUCAUGGUAUGAUCAUUUUAUGGAACAAACCCUGGCUGUGGGACAUUCGAGAAUGUUGGACAGGCUACCCAUAUCAGAAAAUGAGCAGUGACAUUUGGUUUUACUACGUUAUAAAUUUGGCGUAUUACUGGUCGUUGAUCAUUGAAGUAUUUUUGCACAAAAGAAGAAAAGAUUUUACAGAAACGGUCGUUCAUCAUGUUGUAGCGAUAUUUUUGAUUUAUAUAUCGUUCGUUAUGAAUUUGUUCCGUAUCGGAACGCUAGUCAUUAUCGUUUUGUUUGUUAGUGACAUAUUUUUAGAAUUAGCAAAACUGUUUAAAUAUCUAAAUCUUGAGAUCCAGUCCACUACUUGUUUUGCGUUUUUUACUAUUAUUUGGAUAAUAAGUAGGCUGGUAAUAUAUCCAUUUUGGAUACUUCAAGACACUUUAAUUGACGCUCCCAGUCUAAUUCUUAUGACACCGAGUACAUAUUUAUUGAACAUAUUAUUAUGUUCUAUAGCAGUACUAAACAUCUUUUGGACGUACCAAAUUUUGAGAGUGGUUUGGAAAGCUUUAACGAAUCAAGAAUUAUACGAUGAACGAUCAGACAGUGAAGAAACAGAAAGUGAAGAAGAUUGUAGUGAAAAGACAAAAUAAGUUAUCUAUAAUGUUAUUUCAAUUGUAUUUUAAUAAAAUAUAAAGUUUUAUAGUUUUGGCACUAUCAUUUUGGUUCGAUUCUUGGUAGUGAACAAUGAACCAAUGUGUGGAAUUUCUAUUUUUAUUUUUAAGAAAUUGAUAAAUUGUUAGAUAUAAAUAUAAAUUUCAUCAAUAAUUUUUA